GGGCAGCUGCUCCAAGGCACUUCCUGCUCCUGGGCACUCCGAGGGAUCCGCCUCCCAGCAGGGCUGGCUUUCAAACAGGCACAACCAGAUUCCCCAGGCACAAAGUAAUCAAUUUGCCUGUCUCCUGCAGUUGCAGAAGGCAGUUUCACUGUACCACUCCUGAGGAUGAUCACACUUGGUCGAGGACGGAAGAAUUAGAAGCAGAAGGAAUGAAGGAAAUACUUCAUGGAAUGUUACUCAAGACACGUUGCCUAGGGAAUAUUCUGGAAAAAUGUUUUUGGGAUUAUACUGAAGCUUAACCUCAGGAGUUCCUGUGUAAAGAGUAAAAGCCACCAGCACAGGAUUCAGAGUGCAACCAAACAAACCAAACAAAAAAGAUACUGGAAUUAACUUCCUGUGUUGCAAGAGGGGAGAAAAAAAACCAGGAAAGAAUCCUGACCACAAAAACCAUGAGAGAUCGUCUGCAAGAGCUCAAACUGAGGGCUAAGGAACUACAGAUGGGUGGGGAAAACAAUGGGGCAACUGUACAAGAAGAGGAGCAGGAGGAGUUUGAACAGCAGGCCAUUAUUUAUGAAAAAGAGCCCAUAACUGAAAGGCACUUGCAUGAAAUCCAGAAGCUUCAGAACGAAAUUAAUAAUCUGGUGGAAGAAGUCAAUAAAUUCAGCCAACAACAAAAAAGCCUCGUGUCUUCAAUGAGAAGAUUCAGCGUUCUCAAAAAGGAAUCUAACAUAGCGAGGGAAAUCAAAAUCCAAGCAGAGCACGUACGCAAAGGUUUGGAUGAACUGUCAAAAGCAGUGAGGAAAGCUGAGAAUGAGCACGGGCCAGCCCGAGCCACGGUGAGGAUCCUGGCUGCCCAGCACGCCUUCCUGUCCCACCGCUACCUGCAGGCCAUGCUCUCCUACAACGAGGCCAUCACCGCCAAGCAGGACAAGUGCAGGACCUUCAUCCUCCGCCAGCUUGAGGUAGCUGGGAAAGAGGUGUCUGAGGAGGAGGUCAAUGACAUGCUCCAGCAAGGAAAAUGGGAGAUUUUCAAUGAAAAUCUACUCACUGAAGUCAAGAUUACUAAAGCUCAGCUGUCAGAGAUUGAGCAGAGACACAAAGAACUGGUCAAUCUGGAGAACCAGAUCAAAGAUGUGAAAGAACUCUUUAUCCAGAUCUCACUUCUGGUGGAGGAGCAAGGGCAGAUGAUCAACAACAUAGAAAUCUACAUGAACAACGCUCAAGAAUAUACUCAAGUAUCUAAAGAAAAGUUUGGGCUUGCAGUCAGGUAUAAAAAAAGAAACCCUUGCAAAGCAAUUUGCUGCUGGUGUUGUCCGUGCUGCAGAUGACACCAGAAAUGAACUGCUUGAAAUACCAAUGAUUCCUCCACACCAAACUGAUCUUGGAAAGCACUCUUGGGAUCCCUCAACUGUGUCACUUUUCUUCCCAUUUUCCCUUCAGCAGAGCUCUCAGGAAAAACUGCAUCUAUUUUUCAAGCCAGAGUAAAGAAUUUUAUGUUUUCACAGAAACACGUGAACUACAGGAAAGGAUCAAAGGAUAAAAGUGACAUUUUUUUUUUGGUUCUUAUAAACUUCUUCAAAGUUUAGAAGUUCUGAAGUUUAGUUUGGUUCUUCAAACUAAAUCAGUAUGGCAAGAAACUCCCUGUGCUGUUGGGAAGCAUUGAAAAUAUUGUUAA